GUCAUGGCGCUGGAGACGCUCUCCCCGGACUGGGAGUUUGAUCGCGUCGACGACGGUUCUCAGAAAAUCCAUGCUGAAGUGCAAUUGAAGAAUUAUGGGAAAUUCCUUGAGGCAUACACUUCCCAACUGAAGAGAAUUGAAGAUGCGCUGGAUGACUCUGUGGGAGAUGUUUGGGACUUUAAUCUUGAUCCCAUUAAAUUAAACCUUCUGCCUUAUGAACAGUCUUCCUUACUUGAACUCAUAAAGACGGAAAACAAGGUUCUAAACAAAGUCAUCACUGUGUAUGCAGCCCUUUGCUGUGAAAUCAAGAAACUAAAGUAUGAGGCAGAAACAAAAUUUUACAAUGGCCUCUUGUUUUAUGGAGAAGGAGCUUUGGAUUCCAGUAAGGUGGAAGGAGAUAGUCAAAUACAGAUGGGAAGAUUUAUUUCAUUUUUACAGGAACUGUCUUGUUUUGUGACACGGUGCUAUGAAGUAGUGAUGAAUGUAGUGCAUCAGCUGGCUGUCCUCUAUACUAGUAACAAGAAUACACCUAAAGUUAUAGAGACAUCAGGAGUUCAUUUUCAAGCUAUGUAUGAACAUCUGGGGGAGCUGCUGACUGUUUUACUCACACUGGACGAAAUAGUAGACAAUCACACUGUGCUGAAGGAUCACUGGACCAUGUACAAAAGGUUGUUAAAGUCUGUACAUCACAAUCCUUCCAAAUUUGGUGUCCAGGAGGAUAAACUGAAGCCAUUUGAAAAGCUGCUAUUAAAACUGGAAAGCCAGUUAUUGGAUGGGAUGAUAUUCCAGGCUUGUAUAGAACAGCAGUUUGAUUGUCUCAAUGGCGGCGUGUCAGUGUCGAAGAACAGUUCUUUUGCGGAGGAGUUUGCACAUAGUAUUCGCACAAUUUUUGCAAAUGUUGAAGCUAAGCUUGGUGAACCCUCAGAAAUUGACCAGAGAGAUAAGUACGUAGGAAUUUGUGGGCUGUUUGUACUACAUUUUCAGAUUUUUCGGACGGUAGACAAGAAAUUUUACAAAUCGUUACUGGACAUUUGCAAAAAGGUGCCAGCUAUCACACUUACAGCUAAUAUAAUUUGGUUCGCUGAUAACUUUCUGAUCCAGAAGGUGCCAGCUGCUGCCAAGCUUCUAGACAGGAAAAGCCUUCUUGCCAUUAAAGCACACAGGGAAAGUUUUCUACAACACAAGGCUCAGUCACUUACCAAAGAAAUGCAGUCAUACUAUGUGUUUGUGAGCUCAUGGAUGAUGAAAAUGGAAUCUAUUUUGUCCAAGGAACAACGAAUGGAUAAGUUUGCUGAAGAUCUCACCAACAGAUGCAACAUUUUUAUACAGGGUUUUCUGUAUGCUUACAGCCUUAGUAACAUCAUUAAAACCACAAUGAAUCUACACAUGUCAAUGCAGAAGCCAAUGACUAAAACUUCAGUUAAAGCGUUGUGCAGGCUUGUGGAACUUCUUAAAGCAAUAGAGCAUAUGUUUUACAGAAGAAGUAUGAUCGUUGCUGAUUCAGUCACACAUAUAAUUCAGCAUCUUCAGCAUCAGGCUCUUAAUGCUAUUUCUGUAGCCAAGAAAAGAGUAAUUUCUGACAAAAAAUACAGUGAGCAACGCCUUGAUGUACUCUCUGCUCUUGUAUUGGCUGAAAACACCCUCAAUGGUCCUAGCACAAAACAGAGGCGACUGAUCAUUUCCCUCGCUCUCAGUGUUGGCACACAAAUGAGAACAUUUAAAGAUGAAGAACUCCUUCCUCUUCAAGUAGUUAUGAAAAAGCUGGCCUUAAUCAGUGAACUUCAAGAAAGAGUCCGAACACAAUGUGACUGUUGCUUCUUGUACUGGCAUAGAACUGUGUUUCCGAUUUAUCUGGAUGACGUCUAUGAAAAUGCAGUAGAUGCUGCCAGGUUACACUACAUGUUCAGUGCAUUGCGGGAUUGUGUACCAGCUAUGAUGCACUCAAGGCAUUUGGAAUCCUAUGAGAUGCUUCUGGAGAGCUAUGACAAAGAAAUCAUGGAUGUUUUAAAUAAGCACCUUCUGGACAAAUUAUGUAAGGAAAUAGAAAAGGACCUGCGUCUCUCGGUGCAUACCCAUUUAAAGCUGGAUGACAGAAAUCCAUUCAAAGUUGGAAUGAAGGAUCUUGCCCACUUUUUCUCCUUGAACCCCAUCCGCUUUUUCAAUCGGUUUAUAGAUAUCAAAGCCCAUGUGACGCACUACCUAGACAAGACUUUCUACAAUCUAACCACAGUGGCUCUGCACGACUGGGCUACGUAUAGCGAAAUGAGAAAUUUAGCAACUCAGCGCUAUGGCUUAAUAAUGACAGAAGCACAUCUCCCUAGUCAGACUCUAGAACAGGGCCUUGACGUUCUGGAAAUUAUGAGGAACAUUCAUGUGUUUGUGUCUCGUUACCUCUACAAUCUCAAUAACCAGAUCUUUGUUGAGAGAAUCAGCAAUAACAAGCAUUUGAACACUAUAAAUAUAAGGCACAUUGCAAACUCAAUUCGAACGCAUGGCACAGGGAUCAUGAACACAACAGUAAAUUUCACAUACCAGUUCCUGAGAAAGAAAUUUUAUAUAUUUAGCCAGUUCAUGUAUGAUGAGCACAUCAAAUCCCGGCUGAUCAAAGAUAUCAGAUUCUUCAGAGAGGUUAAGGAUCAAAAUGAUCACAAGUACCCUUUUGAGAGAGCAGAAAAGUUCAACCGGGGGAUCAGAAAGCUUGGAGUUACACCUGAUGGACAAAGUUACCUUGACCAGUUCAGACAGUUAAUAAGCCAAAUAGGGAAUGCCAUGGGCUAUGUACGCAUGAUAAGAUCAGGUGGACUUCACUGCUGUAGCAGUGCGAUCAGGUUUGUUCCCGAUCUUGAAGAUAUCGUUAACUUUGAAGAACUUGUGAAAGAAGAAGGCCUCUCAGAAGAAACACAAAAAGCAGCCAGGCAACUGGAUUUCGUACUUAGUGAUCUCACACGUAACUCUGCUGAAGGCACAGAGUACUUCAAAAUGCUUGUGGACGUGUUUGCUCCUGAAUUUCGCAGUCCGAAGAACAUGCAUCUGCGUAAUUUUUAUAUAAUUGUUCCCCCACUGGCUCUCAACUUCAUAGAACACUCAAUCAGCUGCAAGGAAAAACUGAAUAAAAAGAACAAAGCUGGGGCAGCCUUCACUGAUGAUGGUUUUGCCAUGGGUGUAGCUUACAUUCUGAAGCUUUUGGAUCAGUACCAAGAAUUUGACUCCCUCCACUGGUUCCAGUCUGUCCGAGAGAAGUAUGUGAAAGAGAUCAGAGCAGUAGCAAAGCAGCAGAAUAUUCAGUCAAGUAGUCAAGAUGAAAAGCUGCUACAGACUAUGAAUCUUACUCACAAGCGACUGGAUGUUUGUUUGCAGGAAUUUGAAUUGCUGUAUUUCUCACUAAGCAGUGCAAGAAUCUUUUUUAGAGCAGAUAAAACUGCAGCAGAAGAGAUUCAAGAGAAAAAAGAGAGAGAAGAAGAAUCGGCAAAAACAAGCAACGGAGAGUUGUCUAACUCUUCUUCUGCGGAUCCUGUUGUGAAAUGAGAGCUCUGGUAUGCAUUUAUUUAGAUGAAAUCUAAAGCAGUGAUGCUUUUUUGAAAUUGAUGGGACCAAACUGGCAUAGAAUUUUUCUCCAUCUGAAUCUGAAAGCGACCCAGCAGCGCCAUCCAAGUGUACAGUAAUCCUUAAUUGCUUGAUUUAGAUCUGCAUUUUGUCAUCCUUUCUGU